GGACGCGCGCAGGCGCCCUGCUGUAAGAAAGGUAUUGCGCUUCCGUUAGCUUUGAGAGCUAACGGGCAGGUCUGGUUGGGGAAGAGGCUGUGCAGGAAGGAGACCUGCGCAGCCAGACAGAUAUUGGUGACUUCAGAUAUCCCCAGUUAAUCCUUGAGCUAACAAUUAUCCCUCCAUGCUGACCAGGAAAGGGAGAUAACGUUAAUAGCUUGGCACUGCCUCCAUCUAAAUUAGCAACCGACCAAGCCAGUUAAAGGGGAGACCGCGUUUUGCUUUGAGGGGCUUCUUCUAUUUUUUGGCAGUUUUCUUUUUAGGACAUCAAAAGUACCAACUGCAGCCUCACCUUACGGUCUUUCUAAGUAUGAGGUUGUCGGGUAGCAAACAUUGUGCGACUGAAGGAGAUGGGAAGAAAAUGGACCAACCUCCUCCGUUCAGAAACCCUUUUGUGCACGUCUUGAAAUUCACUCCACUGGAAAAGGCAAAGAUUGGAUUAAUGACGGUGACACUAUUUCCUAUCCGUCUGCUCAUAGCAGCAUUUAUGAUGCUGCUGGCUUGGCCUUUUGCCUUCCUUGCUUCAGUGGGACGCUCUGAGACCACUGUUGAACCCCAGUGCCUCUGGAGGAGACUGGUGGACAUCAUCCUAAGAGUGAUCAUGCGGAUCAUGUGGUUUGCGGGAGGCUUUCACUGGAUAACUGUGAAAGGUCAAAGAGCUCUGCCUACAGAAGCACCCAUCAUCACCCUGGCACCCCACUCCUCUUACUUUGACGCCAUCCCCGUCACAAUGACGAUGUCCUCGAUAGUCAUGAAGGCUGAGAGCAAGGACAUACCCGUUUGGGGAACUUUGAUAAAAUACAUUCGGCCGGUGUUUGUAUCCCGAUCAGACCAGAACUCAAGAAAGAAGACAGUGGAGGAGAUCAGGCGGAGGGCUCAUUAUGGAGGAGAUUGGCCUCAAGUCAUGAUUUUUCCAGAGGGGACCUGCACCAAUAGAUCCUGCCUCAUUACCUUUAAACCAGGAGCUUUUAUUCCUGGUGUUCCAGUGCAGCCUGUUGUGAUUCGCUAUCCCAAUAAACUGGUAAGAUUGCCGAUAGAUUGGGUAAUAGACUAUUUUACUUGUUGGUGUCUUAGAAACUGCUGUGUGUGUCUUUAUUGGUCACUUAUGAUUUCUAUCUUUCUGCCUUUCAGGUUUAAAAUCUUGUGGCUGACUCUCUGCCAGUUACACAAUGAGUUUGUGAUAGAGUUCCUUCCCAUUUACACCCCUUCGGAGGAGGAGAAAAGGAAUCCUGCUCUCUUUGCAGUCAAUGUGAGACGAGUCAUGGCCAAAGCCCUGGGGGUACCUAUCACAGAUUAUUCAUUUGAAGACUGCCAGCUGGCGAUGGCAGAGGGCCAGCUGAGGCUGCCGGUCGACACCUGUCUGUUGGAGUUUGCCAAGCUUGUCAGGAGACUGGGGCUGAAGCCCCAGAACACCGAGAAGGUGUUGCAGGAAUACGGGAACAGAGCCAGAAAGCUGGAAGGGCAGAAACUUGCCUUGGAAGACUUUGCUCACUUCCUUGAUGUCCCAGUUUCAGAUAUGCUGCGCGACAUGUUUGCUCUUUUUGAUGAGUAUGAAGAUAACAGCAUGGACAUUAGAGAAUAUGUGAUAGCCUUAUCCGUCGUAUGCAGACCUGCCAAAACUCUGGAAACAAUGAAAUUGGCUUUCAAGAUGUUUGAGGCAGAGGAAGACAGCGUCAUCACAGAGAGCGAGCUGGCAGUUGUGCUGAAGACGGCUUUAGGAGUGACUCACCUCAACGUGUCCCGUCUGUUUACGGCCAUCGACGUCGAUGACACGGGGAAGAUUACAUUUGAUAAGUUCCGAGGGUUUGUGGAGGAGAACCCAGACUUUGCUGAUGACUAUCUUCACACUGAAAGUGUAGGUCCUCAGAGUGGACCUAGUCAGGAACCCCACACCCAGACCAGCCCAUCAACUAUAAACCUGCAAGGCACUGCCAACAGCAAAACAGCCAAUGGUAUCUGUCCCGACUUCAGCCCUAAAGACCAUGACAGCUCAGUAGAUGCACUCAUAAAGAAACACAACUGAUAGAGUAGAGGGAGCAGGGCCUCUCCUGGUGAGAGGGAAUUCUGUAAGGGGCAAUAUUGGUUACCUUGUAGUAACUUUUUCACACAGUAAGGGACAACAUUUCAUUAAACACAAACAUAAAAUGAAGUUUACCCUUUCUUAUUGGUGUUUUAUCCAUGAGGUUCUUUUCAUUUCAGCCUGUAAACAACCUCUCCCCCCCCCCUCCCCUUAGGAAGAAUUGUCGUAAUGCCAAAUACUGGCUUUUUUUGGGAUACAAUGCUUAAAUACUUGAAGGGCAAGCACUUAUUAGGAUUCUUGGGAGUCAAUUUUAAUUUAUUUUUACUCGUUCUCCCCUGCAUGUUUUUAACACAAAUUUACCGAGACUCAAACAAUCUCUGGAUUGCAAAGAUAACACAACUUUUUGUGAAAUCUAUUUUUGUUUUGUUCUUGUAAUGUUUUAUCCAUUUCCUCCUUUUAAUGGUAGCUGCCUUUUGAACUUUUAAAUGAAAAUGCAGAAUAAAUGGGCUCCUGUUAUGUCUGUGGAGAAGGAAGGCCCGGGGGAACCGGUGAGGAACGGCUGGAAGCACGAAGCUUCUGCAGCCGUAUUUGAGGUGAUCUCGGGUCUCUGAACUUCGACAAUUAUAACUGCUACGAGUGUUUGUGUGUGUGUGUGUGCGCGAGCGCGUGCCUGUGAAUGUGUGUGUAAACACAGUGAUAUGAUUUAGCUCAGGGUUCAGUGACAAAAAUGGAAAAAUUAACAAUGAUGUCAUGGUUUUUGACCAUUUGUAGGUUACAUGCAUGUAAACUGUUCUUCGCAACUGAUCUCUUGUCCUUGUCGCUUCAUAGUUUCAUACAGUUUUGGUUAUUUCAGUGUUUUGUUUCAUUUGAUAAUACACAACUUGGACCAAAAUGCAUUGGGUGAAAAAAAUGAAACGCCUUUUUUUUGUGUGUGUGUGUUUUUGUUUGCCUUUCAUGUAGGCAUGGGCCGGUAUGAGAGUCUCAAAAUAUACCAACGCGACCUCGCUUUCACUGUAUCACCAUAUUAAAAAGUUAAAAAUUAAAAAAAAAUAACUCUUCAAAUAGUUUUUUUGUUGUCAAAGCAUUUUGAGGAGAGGCAGCACUGCAUUACUCUCCCUGCCCCACAAAGCUGGAGGAAGUUAUGGCUAAUUAAAACAAGUUUGAAUGCUAAGAGAUUUUUUCUUUCUCAUUACGAAGCCAUAAUAUUUUAAGCAUUGGUAUAUCUUGAUACCAGUAACCGCCACAUGCCUACCCAGUCUUGUAACCGGUUAAAAGGGAUUAAAUUAUGGCAUGAGACCAGUGAAAGCAAACAAUCACCAGAAUUUUUGGUACUUUCUUCUCAGUGUUACAUUAAAAGAAAACGUUAGAGCCACUUAUUGACACAGUUACAAUUUUCUGAGUUCUUGUACAUUUUUUUUUUUAUUUCCAGUCAAUGUUGAAAUAUUUAACCUACCAGAAAUAUCCACCUUGUUUCUGAUCUUCACAAAAGGAGAUAUUUUCAUUAUGCUGUAAGGUGGAUCCGAGAACUUGUACCUGUGACCACAAUAAAGAAGAGCCCCCCGUCUGUUAGCAUUUAAACCUCAUUCUGAAAAUGUACUUACAGGUUGAGCAAACAGUCGUGAUAAAAUGCGUCAGUGAGCAGGGUUUAGUUUGAGAGACUCCGUACUCCUGUGAGUCCUGUACAUGUAUGAAAUAUAUUCAGAAUUAACCAGAUGUAAAGGGGAGCUACUUUUAAAAUUUAAACUAAAAAGAAGGAAGAUUUCAGAUUGUUUUUUGUUUUUUUUCAUUACAAAUUUAAGGAAGUUGUCGAGAUGAUCUCUAAGAUUAGGUAGUCAUUUUUGUAGGGGUGCAUUGAUUGCAGUGUUUUGGCCGAUUCCCAAUCUUUAAAAAGCCUGGCCUGCAGAAUCCGAUUUUGAUUGAUACCAAUUUUUUUUUUUUUUUGUCAGAAAUGUUGCUAAAUAUAGCAAGAAAGACCCUAAGUUGGAGACGGUGCAUACUUGUCUCAGUCAAACCGACCUCACUGCAGAGCAGAAGAGGGCAGUGGCUGAUUUUUAGACCUUUGCUGAGGUUGAUAAAAUUGGUGGAUGAGAUUGACUUCACAUGAAAGUAUCAGCCGAUCACCAGUCUCUCAAAAUUAAGGAAAUCUGCACCAGUAAAUCAGCUGGCCGAUAAAUCGGUGCACCCCUACGUUUUUGCGUUUUUUUUUUUUUUUUUUUUUUUUUAGGCUUAAAAUCUAAAUAUGGGUUUAAUGAAGGUUUGUCUUAGUAACAUUAACAAAUGUUUGAAUUUCAAUUAUGCUGGUAUUUUAUGAAAAAAUGUAAAAUAUACACAGCUUGCCACCUAAAUUUUUAUCAAACUUUGUUUACCUCCUUCAGAUUAUGCCAAUGAUGCUCACUUUUUAAGUCAUUUUCUGACAAAUUCGGUUUUCUUUGUUCUAUAGAAACGCUCAGUGUAGCAACUUGUGUUUCUACUUCUCUUAAGCUUUACCCUUCUUUACAUUCUGCCAUAAAUCAUAAAUGAUCAUAUUUAAAGGGAAUUCCUCCCCUGAGAGAAUCAAGUGAUUCACUUUGCCGUCUGUAUUCACCAUCAUUUCCAAAACUCUGUAAAUUUGUCACGUUUCUAUUUCGUUGUAUCCUUUAUAUAUCCUCCUUUCCGACUUUGAGUAAAGCAAUAUUCCUCGUAUGUUUAGCCUUCUCCAAAUGAAUGCUUUUUAAAAGUUCCAAUAUGUAUUUUGAAUAUUCCAGAUGCGGGACAUUUUGUGAAUUUUUGAUAUACGUAUGUGAAUGAUUAUUCUUUUCACUGCCAUGACAAAGAUCUGUGAUCUUCUCUGCUCUGCAGUUUGUAUUGAUCAUGACAAAUGAGCCACAUUUUUUUUGUUCUCCUUUUAUUUUAUUUCUUUUUAAAUAAUCUUAGUUAUUUUGUGCUUUUAUUGCUCCUGCACAGUGUAAAAUUUUAUUGCUAUAUUAUUACUGGUGUCGCCGAGUCGACUGCUUAGGAACAAAAUGCAGAUUUCAUAUGAAAACCUAUAGCCUUGAUAGCCUCUACAGAAUUUUUAUGCUAAAAAGAGAAUGUACAGACAAUCUUGUCACAAUCAGAAGCUCUCAAUAGUGCUGAUCUCCAGUGGACAUUUUCCUAAGACGUCAUGGUUUUCCAGAAUUUGCUUUUAGUUUUUUUUGUUUGUUUGAGAUGUGCAGGUUGAACUAAGUGCGAGUGCAUUGAGUGAUAGAGCCCUGAGGUGACGCGCCACCACAUGACGGGCCGGGGUCACACAAACACUCCAGACUGCACACACAUACAAACUAUUGUUUCCUAUGAUUUAUGACAAUCUUAAAGCAUUGUCCUGCUGUUACGUUUUUUUUUUUUUGUUUUGUUUUUUUACAGAAUUGUAUGGAUUUGUGCUUGCACUUUACAGUGCUUUUAUUUUUGUAAAGAUAAGGUCAGAAAGCUCUGAAGCGCAGUAGGGUCAUAGUCUACAGUAUUUCAAUUCACCGUUAACUUCUUUCUUUUGUAAAGGGAGCACAGAGAAAGUUGAGGAUUUUAUUUAGUACAGUUGAAGUUCUUCCCCUAGCUCAUCCUACUGUUCUUUGUCAAGAUUGUGGAAAUUAGGCGCCUAAAAUAAUUGCGUAAACUCAUGGGAGUUGGCAGUCAGAAAAAAGAUUUGAAGGACUUGACUAUGUUUACACCAUGGAUUAGAAAAGUAUUAAAUGUUUCCAAUUUAAAAUAACUCUUCUAUUAAUACAGAUGCUGCAUUUUAGAAAGAUGUUAUUGUAUUGGUAUACAAGCUGAAAAUCAGUGAAAUACAUUAAAACAGAACAAAUUCUCAAAGUUUUUUUUUUUUUUUGUCCCAGAAGGAAUAUGCUGUUUUGUUUGAUUUAUACAGAAUAUAUGAUUAUAUGCCCUCAGAUAUUCAAAACUAAACUUUUUUUUUUUUUUUUUUUUUUGGUACUUAAAAGGAGUAAUGCGUUGGGGUUGAAUGAAUAUACAUUUGUUUUCAUUUAGUUUCCCUUCUUAUAAAUAUCUCAGUAGAGAUUUAUCUUUUUUUAUUUUUUUUCAAACAUGAAAUCUUCAUGUGAGGAAAAUGUAAAACCUGCAAGAGACAAACUUGUAUUUAUGCUAUUGCUGCCUGUCACAGUUUGUUCUGCAGUGAGCCUAAGACGAAGGACCGGUGUACUCUUACAGAGUGAUAUUGUCUUUCUGAUGGCUUAUUGUAAGUGAAUCACCUGAAAUAUUUUGAGUUUUUUUUUUUCUUCGUCUAGUUUUAUUUCCAGUCUUUUUCUAUAUCAAACAAGUUUUAUUUUAUUACUGCAUUUUGAUGCUAAAGAGUCAUAACAAAAAAGCUAUUUUGAAUCUGUUCAUGAUGGCUAUUAUGUAACUUGUCAAUGUGACUCUUGGAUGAAAUUAAAGACAAAGUGUUAAUAUG